GACUAACCACGUCAACUGCGGUCGGCCAAUACCGACGAUAAGAAGCCAACGAUGUCUGAGCUCGAUUCCAUCGCUAUGGCAGUUAGGGGGAAAGAGAUCACCGGGCUGGAUAUAUUUCAAACGAGUGCAGAGAGCAUCACGGCAGUUAGGGUAGAAGAGCUAGUUUCUGAAAUGAACGCAGAUCAACCCACCGGAGGCACAGACAUGGCAUAUGGGAAGAAAGACACCCAGCAUCUACGCUUUUGGAAGGCCACAUCAUCCAAGGCUCCCAUUGUUGUCUUCGUCCAUGGCGGCAGUUGGCGAUCAGGAACAAAUUUGGAUUUAAUUGGCUCAGCCAAGGUUGAUCAUUUGAUCAGCAAGGGCUAUGCCUUCGCUACCGUCAACUACACCCUGAUCCCCUUCAUCACUGUCGAAGAGCAGGUGCAGGAGGUGGCCGACUCGGUAGGCUACCUGGUCAAGAACGCAGCUAGACUUGACUUUGAUCCCGACCGGGUCAUUCUGAUGGGGCACAGUUCCGGUGCGCAUGUUGUUACCCUAUUGGGGACUGAUCCAAGUUACCUGGAGCGUGCAGGAAUCAGUCUUGAUAUCGUCCGCGGUGUUAUCUCCCUGGAUGGCUCGAAUUACAACGCACUUGCUGAAAUCACUGACAGUCCUGGGCCAGUCGCGGACAACACAAUUUACGGACUCGGUAGCGAUCCCGAGCGACUACACGCUAUGUCGCCUACUUAUCAUGCUCACGCGCCUAAUGUCGGUGCUUUCCUGCUUCUCCAUGUCCAUAGACAAGGGGGUGUUCGUCAGGCAGUUGAACUAGUCGCGGCGCUGAAGGCUGCAGGUACGGAUGCUGUUCUGCGCGUGUUCGAGGGCCAGGGGUUCGAAGGCCACAUCCAAAUGCUUCUUCAACUUGGUGACCCGGCUUAUCCAGCGACUUUGGUAAUGGAUGAAUGGCUCAGACUGCACGUUCCGGUUGAUUAGUAACUCAAUCAAGAGCGGUUGGCCGCGUACCCAUUUGACUUAUUCUUCUGCAGGUUGUUCUAAUGUGCUCAGUACAACCAGUUGGGCUGGACGGGUUCGUUGGAUUUGGUUCGCGUUUGAAGUUUUGUAUCUAAAUAUACUUAAGCGACAGAUAUACAUCUGGAAACACAUACGUCGUGAGAGUUUCAUUCCUUCCAAAUGACGCUUCGAAG